CAUGGUCUAGCUGGUUACCAUGGAAGAUCUCUAUGAAUAUCUAACUGAAUCUCUACAACUAAAGGAAAAAUGGGAGCAGGAGGCAGUGUUAGAAGAUCACCAGCCCAAAUGCAGGCUGAACUAGAAAGGCUUAGGUCUAAAGAAAUGGACCUCCUUGAGGAACAUGACAAACAACUCAGAUCAGAAGAGCAGAAACAUGAAGCCACAGUCACUAAACUGGAAGCUGAGAAAUUUGAGAUUGCUGAAAGUCUGCGUGAAACUACAGCAAAGCUGAAUGUACAGACUGAGAGAUGGAAUAAAGAACAAUCCAGGGCACUCUCACUAAUGUUCAGCGACCUUCCCCUACACUUGCUUCAAGUAGAGAGCCUCAAAUCUGUGAAUAAAUUUGAGUUCAAAUCGACAAUGACAAGAACGUUCCCAAUGGUGACAGUGGCCCAGUGUGAUGUGGUCGGAUUCUCUUCCAUAUCCGCGAGGCUACAACCAGAGCAAGUCAUUCUCGUGAUCGAUCAGCUACACACUUUAAUUGAAGAGGCAUUCACCAACUCAGAAAUCUUCAUUAUGGAGUGUACAUCAGAUGGCUGUAUUGCAAUCAGUGGCUUGUUUGACUUUAAAAAUGAAACGUGGAAAGUUGCAACUCCUUCAUCAAUUACCGACAGCUCUUAUUGCUCUGAAAUCAACAUGGACGAAAAUUUAAACGACCAAAAACCAAGUGUAGCCAUGGAGCAAAGCCCAGCACACUAUGCUGAGAUUCUGGCAACUGCAGCAUUGAGUUUGUUAAGUUACUCCAACAAAGUGUUGGUACCACUUCCUGAGAAUCGAACACUCCAGUUAAGGAUAGCGCUUCACUCAGGACCAUGUUCUGCAGGAGUGAUCGGCUUGCAAACAACAGCCAGUGCUUCGCGUGUGCCUCGCUACAAACUGUUUGGCCCCACGAUGCGACAUCUACAAACACUGUGCUCAUCUAGCUUAGCACUUCAGGUUCGAGUGAGCAAGCAAUGCCGAGACUUCUUGGUAAUGGCUGGAGGGUAUUCGUUUGAGCGCUGCCCAGACUAUACUGUCGUUUCAAACAGGAAACCUCUUGAGUCGUACUGGUUAGUGGCCAAAGACCAGCUGCCUCUCAUACUGCCAUCUUUAAGUGAUGCAAUAUCCUUACAAGACUAUGAUAUCAUAGAAUGCUAACUCAUGAGAUGUGCACUUGUAUACUACGUAUCACAUUAUAACUAUCAUUGUUUACAUGACAUUGUAGGAAACUCAAUAAACACAUUGUGUAAUGUUUACUUCCUGUCUAUACAGUAUUAAAUUUCAUCAUCAAAGCAUUUCGUACAGA